GGCUCUCUUCCCCUGUCCUGCAGAGCGGUCGUUGCUGAAAGUCAGCUGGCAGUUGUUGUGGGGUCGUGUCGUGAUGAGGUUGUGUGUGAUGUUGUUGCUGCUGCUCCCGCUCCUGUGCCUGGCGAGUCUGGGCCGGGCGUGUCUGACUCCAGAGGAGGCGUACAGGUUCACAGGGGCCGUCUGCAGGCUCACCUACCCGGCUGCGCUGGUCUUAAAUGAGAAAACCACACGUGUGAUCGAGGCCGCUUUUCAGCAUGCAAAAUACCCCAGCAUUGAGGGAGAGAAGAACAUGAUGGUGUUUGGGAAAGUGUCCUAUGGACUUCACAACCUGGAGAUCCACAACCUAUCGAUUGGUCGCAGUGAGGUGGAGCUGCGUGCCGGGGAAGGGAUUGGCAUUGCCAUCUCAAAUGUGUCUGCGGUGUUCAAGGGGACCAUCAAAUAUGGCUAUGGAAGCUGGCUCAUUAAGGUCUCACAGACUGUUGACUUUGAGAUUGAAUCUCAGAUUGACCUUGGCAUCAACCCAAAGCUUUACUGCGGAGCUGGGAAGGUGGCUGCAGACACCUCCGACUGCUACCUCACAUUCCACAAACUCAAGCUGAUUCUGCAGGGGCAGAGAGAACCUGGCUGGUUGAGACGCGUCUUCACAGACUUCGUCACCUUCACGGUGAAACUGGUAAUUAAGGGCCAGAUCUGCAAGGAGAUCAACAAUGUGGCGAACAUACUGGCAGACUUCGUACAGGACCAAGCAGAACAGUUUCUCAGUGAUGGGAACAUUGGAGUGGACAUUGGCGUGACCUCAGCACCGGCCAUCACCUCCAACUACAUAGAGUCUUAUCACAAGGGUCUGAUCACGUAUAACAACACCAUAGCGGUCAUCGAUGCCUCAGUCUUCCACCCGUCUCAGCUGACCGAGGACCGCAUGCUGUACUUCUGGAUCUCUGACGAGGUCCUGAACCCAAUAAUGUCCGCCGCUCACCACGACGGACGCUUCGUCAGGAACAUCACUGGAGCUGAGCUCACGGACCUCUUCAAAACAGACCUAUCUACAGAAAUGCCAGCCUCCAUCAAGCAGAUCCUGUCCUCGGAGGCUGCUGUGCUGACUGCCAGGAGUGUGAGAGCGCCCCAGCUGUGGAAUGCCCCUGACGGGACGCACGUGAAGGCAGUCGCUGCUGUAGAGCUGUUCCCUGGCCCCCCCAGCUCUGACAGCCCUUCACUGUACUUCGAGACGGAGGUGGAAGUCUGUGUGCACACAUCUUACGCAGAGAAGAAACUCAUUCUGAAUGCCAAGGCCUUAAAUAUUUCUAUAGAUAGGAUUCUUCAAAACCAAGAUGCCAUUGCGUUGGAAGAGGCCCUGGUGAAUUAUUUUAGAGAGGCUGUGGCAAAGAUUGGGAUAUCCAAAGUCACAUCAUACUUGGAGCCAAGCUUGACAGCUUUGAUGGACAGGCAGGGACUGUAUUUGUUUGAUAUCAUCAACCCUGAGGUGGUGACACAAAAUGGUUAUGUGGUCGUUCAGAUGGGAUUUGGAUUUCCUCAUCAUCUACUUGUUGAGUUUCUGAAGAAAACGCUUGUGUGACAUCACAGUAAACUGUGGACUGAUGGAGACUUUUUUUAUGUGUGGGGGGGAGGCCAUUUUGUCAUAUUUCUUUUAUUGACUAAAAUAAUAGAAUUAUUUUUACUUCCCUUCCCUCUGAGAAGUGUUGCUUUUUAUCCUCUUUUGCAAGGCAGGCUUCUGGGUUGCUGCAAACACACACACACACACAUACACAUACAAAGCGUUUGUACCACCCAUCUAUUACUGUUGUAUUAAGUUAUAAUUAAAAUUGUAUAUAUAAUUCCCACAAAA